AAAAUUUCUCGGAAACCAGAGACAUGGAUUCUCACUUCCAUAAUCAAAAUCACAAAUUUCUUAAUCCUCUUUAUCAAUCUCAACCAUCAAUUCCUUACCAUCAUCAUACAUCACUAGUCACAGAUUCUUCUAUCAUCUCCCCUGUAUCAAUUCAUCGUCACCAUCCACCUUAUGAUCCUUCAAAUUACAUUCAUCUUCAACACAACAAUGUAAUAAAUUACAGUGAAAAUCAGAACAGUGAUAUCAAUACUCUGUUUAUUUCUGGUCUUCCUGAUGAUGUUAAAGCUAGAGAAAUUCAUAAUUUGUUUCGAAGAAGACAAGGGUUUGAGUUUUCUCAACUUAAAUAUACUGGUCGUGGCAAUCAGGUUGUAGCAUUUGCCACAUUCCUUAAUCACCACACAGCUAUGGCAGCAAUGAAUUCAUUAAAUGGUGCAACGUUUGAUCCCCAAUCAGGGGCUUGUCUGCAUAUUGAGCUGGCCAGAUCAAAUUCGCGGACAAAACGUGUGCGAGAAGGAGCUGGACGAUACCUUGUAAUUGACAAGAGAGGGAAACUUUCAGCAGAUGAGAAAGAAACCUCAAGCAAUGACGGAGAUGACGGAUUUGAUGAACCAUCCGGCAGUGAUAAUCCUGAUUCCAGCAACAAGGAUGGUUUAACAACCGCAGAGAGCGCUGAUACAACAAUUCACGGUGAUGAUACUGGAGCUCCAGCGAAUUCAGAAAACACAGCAAAAGGGGAGCUCCAGCCGUGCUCGACAUUGUUUAUUGCUAACCUGGGUCCAAAUUGCACUGAAGAUGAACUGAGGCAGGCUCUGUCUCCAUAUCCUGGAUUCAAAAUUGUUAAGAUGCGUGCUAAAUGUGGAAUGCCUGUUGCAUUUGCUGAUUUUGAGGAGGUUGAACAAGCCAACGAAGCCAUGCAAAAUCUCCAAGGAACCACACUGCCAACAUCUGAUCGUGGUGGCUUGCACUUAGAAUAUGCGAGGUCUAAAAUGAGGAAAGCAUAGAAGACGGGGCAGAGUGGAUAUGGAAUUUGACAGGAAUCUUCCUAUCAAUCUACUUGACUUAUCAGCCUAUCCAUCCACUAAAGAUUUAUCCUUACCAGGUCAGCAUUGUUUUGGAUCUUAAAGAAUUUUGAUCUGAUACCUGAGUCUCAAACCAGUAGAGCGCAGCAUCUUGAUGAUGAAAAACUACUUUAGUGGGUCACAUGUUUAUGAAAGAUGUUUCGACUCUUUGCUUUGUUUUCUAAACUCUAUUCAUCCAUAGUAUUCCAGUUCAUACAAUGAAGUAGCUUAUAAUCAAAUCUUUUCACUUCCUGAUUUGAGUAUAUGAAACUGUUUUCUCUCGGAAACUUGAAUAUGUAAAUGCAAAACUGAUAUCCGAUUUACCAUUUUCCAUGGUAAGCAAUAGUAUAGUAAAUGGGCCCAAGUCUCUGUAUUGAUAACCCAAUUUAUCACCUUUGGAAGUCGUCAGUCCAAUCUUUGAUGUUAUUAUUUC